AUGAUAGAUACGCUAUGGGAUCUGGGCCUCGUGGACAUCAAGGGGCCUCGUGGACAUCAAGGGGCUCGGGACAUCAAGGGGCCUCGUGGACAUCAAGGGCCUCGUGGACAUCAAGGGGCCUCGUGGACAUCAAGGGGCCUCGUGGACAUCAAGGGGCCUCGUGGACAUCAAGGGGCCUCGUGGACAUCAAGGGGCCUCGUGGACAUCAAGGGGCCUCGUGGACAUCAAGGGGCCUCGUGGACAUCAAGGGGCCUCGUGGACAUCAAGGGGCCUCGUGGACAUCAAGGGGCCUCGUGGACAUCAAGGGGCCUCGUGGACAUCAAGGGCCUCGUGGACAUCAAGGGGCCUCGUGGACAUCAAGGGGCCUCGUGGACAUCAAGGGGCCUCGUGGACAUCAAGGGGCCUCGUGGACAUCAAGGGGCCUCGUGGACAUCAAGGGGCCUCGUGGACAUCAAGGGGCCUCGUGGACAUCAAGGGGCCUCGUGGACAUCAAGGGGCCUCGUGGACAUCAAGGGGCCUCGUGGACAUCAAGGGGCCUCGUGGACAUCAAGGGGCCUCGUGGACAUCAAGGGGCCUCGUGGACAUCAAGGGGCCUCGUGGACAUCAAGGGGCCUCGUGGACAUCAAGGGGCCUCGUGGACAUCAAGGGGCCUCGUGGACAUCAAGGGGCCUCGUGGACAUCAAGGGGCCUCGUGGACAUCAAGGGGCCUCGUGGACAUCAAGGGGCCUCGUGGACAUCAAGGGGCCUCGGGAGGGGCCUCGUGGACAUCAAGGGGCCUCGUGGACAUCAAGGGGCGGGGCCUCGUGGACAUCAAGCCCCCAUGCUCCACCCGAGGCCCCCAUGCUCCACCCGAGGCCCCCAUGCUCCACCCGAGGCCCCCAUGCUCCACCCGAGGCCCCCAUGCUCCACCCGAGGCCCCCAUGCUCCACCCGAGGUCCCCCAUGCUCCACCCGAGGCCCCCCCCAUGCCCCACCCGAGGCCCCCAUGCUCCACCCGAGGCCCCCAUGCCCCACCCGAGGCCCCCCCCCAUGCCCCACCCGAGGCCCCCCAUGCUCCACCCGAGGCCCCCAUGCUCCACCCGAGGUCCCCCAUGCUCCACCCGAGGCCCCCCCAUGCCCCACCCGAGGCCCCCCAUGCUCCACCCGAGGUCCCCCAUGCUCCACCCGAGGCCCCCCCCAUGCCCCACCCGAGGCCCCCAUGCUCCACCCGAGGUCCCCCAUGCUCCACCCGAGGCCCCCCCCAUGCCCCACCCGAGGCCCCCCAUGCUCCACCCGAGGUCCCCCAUGCUCCACCCGAGGCCCCCCCCAUGCCCCACCCGAGGCCCCCCAUGCUCCACCCGAGGCCCCCCCCAUGCUCCACCCGAGGCCCCCCCCCCAUGCCCCACCCGAGGCCCCCCAUGCUCCACCCGAGGCCCCCCAUGCCCCACCCGAGGCCCCCCAUGCUCCACCCGAGGCCCCCCAUGCUCCACCCGAGGCCCCCCAUGCCACACCCGAGGCCCCCAUGCUCCACCCGAGGCCCCCCCCAUGCCCCACCCGAGGCCCCCCAUGCUCCACCCGAGGCCCCCAUGCUCCACCCGAGGUCCCCCAUGCUCCACCCGAGGCCCCCCCCAUGCCCCACCCGAGGCCCCCCAUGCUCCACCCGAGGUCCCCCAUGCUCCACCCGAGGCCCCCCCCAUGCCCCACCCGAGGCCCCCAUGCUCCACCCGAGGUCCCCCAUGCUCCACCCGAGGCCCCCCCCAUGCCCCACCCGAGGCCCCCCAUGCUCCACCCGAGGUCCCCCAUGCUCCACCCGAGGCCCCCCCCAUGCCCCACCCGAGGCCCCCCAUGCUCCACCCGAGGCCCCCCCCAUGCUCCACCCGAGGCCCCCCCCCAUGCCCCACCCGAGGCCCCCCAUGCUCCACCCGAGGCCCCCCAUGCCCCACCCGAGGCCCCCCAUGCUCCACCCGAGGCCCCCCAUGCUCCACCCGAGGCCCCCCAUGCCACACCCGAGGCCCCCAUGCUCCACCCGAGGCCCCCCAUGCCCCACUCGACGCCCCCAUGCUCCACCCGAGGCCCCCAUGCUCCACCCGAGGCCCCCCAUGCCCCACUCGACGCCCCCAUGCUCCACCCGAGGCCCCCCAUGCCCCACUCGACGCCCCCAUGCUCCACCCGAGGCCCCCCAUGCCCCACUCGACGCCCCCAUGCUCCACCCGAGGCCCGCUAA